CUAUUCCAUACAACAUAUAUUUGACUACUCAUUGGCAUCCCGCGAAUAUCGAACUUGAUCCGUAUUUUGUUAUGCUUUCUAGUAUUCCACUGACUAUUCAACUGAAAAUCAACCUAACGCUGACGAUAUCUAUAGCAUUCGAGCGAGCUCUGGCUCUUUUCUUCCCCGUGACCUAUAGAAGAUUUCCGUCCUCUACUUACUCUUCAAGCUGUCUGGCAGUUGGUUGUCUGUUGGCAGCCUUGGAUGUCACCUUGGAAUUUCUUUUUUCGCCUUUCGACAAAUCCCCAAACUGCGCGGCAAUCGGAUGUUUCGUUAGUUCGAAAUUUCGAUAUUACUGGGGGACCAGCAACAUGGUAAGUGAACCAGGACACAUACUUUCAAUAAAGAUUGCCAUCCUAACAGGAAUUGCCACAUUUAGGUGA